GUACGUUUCCCACGUCUCCCUCCACAACCAGCUAGUUAGCUUUCUAGCUAUAGGAUACGGAACCCGAAAACCAGGGCGAACAACGCAUUUUCUUUCAUUUGUUAACGUUUACUGAUACAACAAACGCGAUCAAUAAUCAGCGUUUGUUUACGGUUUGUAACGCGCGUGAAAACGUAGCUCUAUAUCGAGGGUAGCGUCGCAUUACCUUGCACCGGUUUUAUGUGAGCACAAAGGCCCACACAGCCCGCUGUUUCCAAGCAUGUAUCCUUGGGGUACUAACUACGGUGGUGGCCAUCAACCACCUUCGCAGCAGAACUUUGGUGCGCCGUCUCCUCAAGGCGAAGGCUUCGGAGGAGGAUUCGGGAGCCGCGGAGCCGCUACGCCCGCAGCUGCACCCGGUUCGACUUUCAACAGCCUGCGGGAGCAGCAUCUCCAGCAGAUGCAGCAGCUGCAACAGCUCCACCAAAAACAGCUCCAAUCCGUGCUGCACCACGACAGGAACGUAGAUGCAAACCCCUAUGGCGGCGGUGGUACUGCGGCCGAAUCGUGGCAAGGCAGUUCGGGAUAUGGGUAUGGUUCAACGGGGCCCGGUGCCCCUUCCCCUUAUCAAGAUGAGUAUCAGACCAUACAAGCCGGUCCUCCCGGACCACAACAGCAGCUACCGCCGCCGCUACCACCACAGUCCCCGCAGUCCAAGGAGGCCCAGCCUUCCGCACCAGAUUCGACCCUUCCGGUGCCCACUCAGAAUAAUGGUACUCCAGCGACUAAAGAGGAGCAGCAACAGUACUGGUACAAACAGCAUCUCCAGAAUCUGCAGAAGCUGAAAGCAGAGAAGGCUAAACAGGGUCUGGGUGAUGGCCCAACGCCCCGGCCCCACUCGGCUGCAGCCGCGCCUCCCCCUCCAUCGGAACCCCCUAAGAGCGCCCCUCCACCACCCCCACCCAAAGAGGAGCCCCCACCACCACCUCCACCUGAGGACAAAACGCCUGCACCCCCAGCCCAGGACCCAGCGGAGGCGGCCCGGCUACAGCAGCUCCAGAGCGCAGCGGCCCAGUGGCAGCAGGCCCAGCAGCAGAGAGCGGGCUACCAGUACCAAGCCCUGAUGCGYCACCAUGCUCAGCUACAGGCCAUCCUCAACCAGUACCAGCAGUGUAUCCAACAACCUGCACAUCUAGAGACGAUGGCUAUGGCCAUGCAGCUGAGUCACUAUGAGACGCAGCAGCAGAAGUUUGUCCCGGUGUUUGCAGACUGGGGRCGCACCUUCAGCCAGUGGCAAGAACAGUUCCAGUCCUACCCACAUAAAGACCAGCUACAGGACUAUGAGUUACAGUGGAAACAGUGGCAGGAACAGAUGAACUCCACCUCAGCACACCUACAGGAGAGGGUCACCACCCUGCGAGCCAUGCAGCAACAGUACGGAGGCGGCGGCGGCGGUGGCGGUGGACAGUACGGCGCUGAUCAAUACAGUAGUAGUGACCAGUAUGGUAGUGGAGGGUACGGGAACCAUUAUGGUCAGUACCCACACCCUGGACCGGACUCGCAGAUUCAACAAGGUCACAUGGCGAGCCCGUCCAUGCCGUCUCAGCCAGGUAGCCAGCCCUCGUCCACCUCUGGAUCCAUGUCGCAGGGCCCUCGACCAGGGCAGCAAGGCCCCUCAAACGCCCAACUCAUGGGAACCCCCACAGGAGAACCACACCAAGGGCCUCAGGCAGAGCAGUGCAACCUGUCUGGACCUCCAGGGAGAGGCCCAGGAGGGGCAGGCCCAGGAGGGGCGGGCCCAGGAGGGGCGGGCCCAGGUGGGGCGGGCCCAGGAGGGAGAGGCCCAGGAGGGACGGGCCCAGGUGGGGCAGGCCCAGGAGGGAGAGGCCCAGGAGUGGCAGGCCCAGGAGGGACGGGCCCAUGUGGGGCAGGCCCAGGAGGGAGAGGCCCAGGAGUGGCAGGCCCAGGAGGGAGAGGGGCGGCCAGACCACCAGUUCCACCACCAGGACAGCCUCCACCCUACCAAAGCCUCAGAGGACCAAGGUUUGAUGGUCCGAGAGGGAACGGCCCGCUGUUUGACCAGCAGCAGCACUCUGGUCAACAGCAGAGGUUUAAUGCUCCACCAGGCUCCAGGUUCAACGAGCAGCGCCAGAGGUUCGACCAGCCUGGCCCCAGAGGACCAGGGCCUCGAUUUGGGCAGCAGGGGUCCCGGUUCGACCAGCCCCCGAGACAGAGCCCCCCUGGCCGCUUUGAAAGACCACCUGGUCCCCCAGURCCCCAUAUAGGCCCACAMCCUAAACCAGACACGGGUAAAGACACACAACCACCACAGGGUAAGACUGAGACGCCAGCGGGAUCCAAGCCUCCUGGUAAUAAACCUACCGGGCCAGCGAAACCAGGAGCAGAACCGGAGGAUAUGUCAGAGGACAUGUUGGACUCACUGGACGGCUUCUUCGUCCACAAGGACCCCAUCCCUCAGACGAAGGCAGAGGCUGACGCUGCUGCUGCUAGUAAGGGAUCCACCGCCAACAUGGAGAAGGUGAGCCCUACUGGUCCCGCCGGUGCCAAGUCCCAUGUGUCUACCGACGCCUCUGUGUCCCCGAAAACCGCUUCCCCCGCCAAGACCGCUUUCAAACCAGGUGAACCGGAUGGGCCAUUGAAGAAUAAUGUCAAUAACAGGCCUCAGGGACCACCGGGGCCGAAGCCCCACGGACCGGAGCCUUCGAAGACAGACUCAAUGACCAACCAACCUCCUGGUCCUCCGGGGCCCAUGGGACGUGGUAGAGGGGGACGUGGCCAGCUGCUAGGGUCUGUCAGAGGAAGAGGGGAGGUGGAUUUAGGGAUGAGGGGAGGUAGAGGUCGAGGGGAGGCAGAUGGAGGGAUGAGGGGAGGUAGAGGACGAGGGGAGGUGGAUGGGGGGAUGAUGGGAGUUAGAGGACCGAGGGGAGGCGGGGUGGAGGGAUGA